AUGACUUCAGAUUUAGAACAUUUCAACCUGCUCUGGAAGCAUUUCCCUGGCCAGGUCAAAGUUGUGAGGUACGAAACGGCGGCCAUGCAUCCACUAAGCGAAGCUAGGCGUUUAUACGAAUUUAUAGGAGUGGUGCUCACUGUUUCAGAUAUGGCGCGUGUUUUUAAGGAAGUAUUCGCGAAGUAUGACAGUUCUGACCCGUACGAAACGAAGCAUCGCAAUUCUUCGGUAAUUCCCUACAGAUGGCUUAGAAAUGAAACCCGGCAGAGUAUCAGAUUAAUAGAUGGGGAGUGUCGUGACCUCUACCCCAGCCUCGGAUAUCUCGCUGUAGACAGCAAAUACUAUUUGGCCAACGGGUCGUUGUUUAACGAGACCUUCGUUCCAUAG